AUGUUGGCAUUAACAGAGUUUGAUCUGCAGUAUGUUCCAGCAAAGGCGGUGAAAGGUCAGGUCAUUGCAAAUUUUCUAGUAGAUCAUUCGAAUAAUUUGAAUGACCAAGGCGCAAAUAUAAUUGAUGUCCAUGUCGAUUGUUGGAAAUUAUAUUUCGAUGGCUCGAAACAUAAUGAUGGUGCUGGAGUAGGUAUUUUAAUUAUUUCACCAGAGGGGGUUCCAUCAGAAUUUUUGUUUGAGUUAAAAUACCCUUGUUCGAAUAAUGUGGCUGAGUAUGAGGCCUUUAUACUGGGUCUUGAAAUCCUUAUUGGAAAAGGGACUUUAGAAGUUCAAAUCCUUGGGAAUUUUCAGUUAGUUUUGAAACAGUUAUCAAAGGAGUUCAAAUGUAAUAAUAAGAAGUUGCAAAAGUAUUUAGCAACUGAAUGGGAGUUGUUAACUUCUUUUUGGAAAGUUUUAUUAGUUCAUAUUCCAAGAAUUCAAAAUGAAAUUGCUAAUGAAUUAUCUCAAAUUGCUUUGAGAUAUAAAAUCUUCCCAGAAACACUAAGAAAGUUGGCAAAAAUUCCACAGAUUUUGGUGCCUGUUGAUGAAAGAGAAGCUUUGUGUUUAGAUGAAUAG